AUGUCAGAAAGUCGAUUUGCAAAGCUACCCAAACCACCGUACUUUGCUGUUAUCUUUUCGUCGCAACGUGAGUCUGUUGGUGAUGACGAUUACGAUGCUAUGAGCGAACGAAUGCUUGAGUUGGCAGUGAAACAGCCUGGCUACUUGGGAAUGGAAAGUGCUCGUGAUGUCGAAAGAUUCGGCGUGACUGUGUCCUACUGGGACUCUCUCAAAGCUAUCAAACAGUGGAGAGCUCAUUCUGAGCAUUUGGUCGCCCAGGAAUUUGGUAAGAGUCAAUGGUACAAGGAUUAUGAGGUUCGGGUUUCUGAGGUGAAGUACGCACAUGGGAAGCCACAAGAGUGA